AUGGCGACGGCCCACAGUGAACCCCCGGUCCGACGAGCCGCAGUGUCCCGGUUGGGCCGGACCGGCCACGAGGUGAACCUGCCGCUGGUAAACCCAGAAAGCACAAUGAAGAUGAGCACAAUGGGCAGCAAUGUAAUACGAUUUGAGGCUAUCGGGAAGGGAGCAUUCAGGGAAGUGCAUAUAGCAAUUCCUCAACCCCCCAACAUGGAUUAUUCAAAGUUGUUAGUUCCUAUAAUUGUAGUCAAAUUUGCUGAAUUCAAACAAUCAUCAUCUCUCCAGAAGGAAGGAAGCAUCCUAUUCACAUUAAACGAUUGCCCAGGGAUUAUCCGUUGCCAUGGAGAAGACGUAAGUGUCGAAAGGGACAGGAAGGUUUACAACCUUUUGUUGGAGUUCGCUUCCGGUGGUUCCCCUAAAAAUCUCAUGCAAAGAAGUAGCAAAGGGAAGUUGCUAGAGUCCGAUGUGAGGCGCUACACUAGAAUGAUCCUUAAGGCUCUAAGACACAUGCAUGAGAGGGGUUACGCGCACUGUGACAUUAAGCCCGAGAAUAUUAUUGUUUUCUCGUCCAAGAAUGGUGAAAACAGUGUGAAGAUAGUUAAUUUUGGGCUAGUGCAGAAUACAAGAGAGAACAUAAGAAGCUGUAGUCCUAGAAGUGGUGGUUCACACCGUAGAGAUCUUCCCUUCGCUUCUAUUUUGCAUGGUUCAAACAUAGAGUCGAUGGAUAUAUAA